GGCUGGAGGCCGGACGGCGCCGCGGGGCCGCGUUUCCGGGUGCGGCGGGAGGAGGCCGCGGGCGGCGGCACAGCCUGUUCAGUCGCGUGGCGUAGUGACCUCUUGCGGAGAUGCUGCCUGUUGGGCCCAGGCACCAGGGCAGGGCCGCCGCUCCCGAAGGGCAGAGGAGGAAGACCCAGAAAUGUCAAGACCUUCAACACUGGCCUGGCAUCGCUUCUGCCGAGAGGGCGGGUUGGCUUGUUGCCAACCACCUGGAUAUUGGGGCAUGAGUGACCAGGCUUGCCCCAAGCACUGAGCAGCGGGAGCCACCGGGAGCCGGGCCAGGAUGCCGAUCCCUCCUCCCCCGCCGCCGCCGCCUCCCGGCCCCCCGCCGCCUCCCACCUUCAGUCAGGCGAACACAGAGCCGCCAAAACUGAGCCGAGAGGAGCAGCGGGGCCGUGGUGCCCUCCUGCAGGACAUCUGUAAAGGGACCAAGCUAAAGAAAGUGACACAAAUCAAUGACCGGAGUGCACCAAUCCUAGAGAAGCCCAAGGGCAGUAGCGGUGGCAGCUACGGCUCUAGCUCAGCUUCAAUCCAGCCAAAGGGUGGCCUCUUCCAAGGCGGUGUGCCCAAGCUCAGACCCGUGGGAGCGAAGGACAGCUCAGACAGCUCCAGUAAGCAAACCCUGCAAGUCCCCGGCUCCAGAGCAGCUGCCCCCAGGCCCCCAGUACCAGCCAGCAACAGCCGACCUCAAGAUGACGCUGACAACAGCCGGGCCUCUCCCCCGGAGCUGCCGCGCACGCAGAGGCCCUCCCUGCCGGACCUCUCCCGGCCCAACACCGCCGGCAGCACCGGCAUGAAGCAUAGCUCGUCCGCCCCGCCGCCUCCCCCACCAGGACGCCGCACCACCGCGCCGCCCGCCCCGCCUUCGGCGCACAGCACCAAGGUCUCUUCCUACAACCGGGAGAAGCCCCUGCCGCCCACCCCGGGACAGCGACUGCCUGUGAGCAGGGACGGACCCCCUGCUCCGCCACCCAUCAAGCCCCCUCCCUCCCCAGUCAGUAUCCGAACAGGGUCCGGGGCUCAGGGCCAGUCUCUCGCGCCCCCGCCGCCCCCUUAUCGGCAACCCCCUGGUGUCCCCAACGGCCCUUCCAGCCCCAUCAACGAGUCUGCCCCGGAGCUGCCGCAGAGACACAACUCCUUGCACAGGAAAACGCCGGGCCCCUUGCGGGGUCUUGCGCCGCCGCCGCCUGCUUCAGCCUCCCCAUCUCUUCAGAGCAGUCGCCCCCCUCCGCCGGCCAGAGACCCCCCGAGCCGGGGAGCAGCCCCACCGCCCCCUCCACCGAUGCUGCGAAACGGGGGGCGUGACGCCCCCCCACCUCCACCCCCCUACAGACUGCACGGCUCUGCUGAACCCCCAAGCCGAGGGAAGCCACCACCGCCGCCCACGAGGACACCGGCCGGGCCUCCCCCACCGCCCCCGCCGGUGCGGAACGGGCACCGGGACUCCAUCUCCACCGUCAGAGCGUUCCUGGAUGACUUUGAAUCCAAAUACUCCUUUCAUCCUGUCGAAGACUUCCCAGCCCCAGAGGAAUAUAAAUACUUCCAGAGAAUCUACCCCAGCAAAACAAACAGAGCUACGCGUGGGGCCCCCCCUCUGCCCCCCAUCCCCAGGUGAAAGCAGGCUGCGCAGGCACAUUGUUCCUGAGCAGAGAGACGGACCUCCUUCCCCUUCCUCAGAUGGACCCUCCCCACCUCCCUGCCCCCCAAGAUCCUGCAUGAGAAACUCCCAGCGUCUUUGGUUUUCCCAGCUGCACCAGGACGAGCAGAUACCCCCAGCCCAGCUCUCUCCACCAGCCCACCCUCAUCUAUGCACCUCCCUCGGGACUCGGUGACCUUGCUGGCAAGUCCGGAUGCGUCCUUCCCUCCUCGCUUGUCACAGAUCCCGGGCCGGGCCGGGCCCGCACGCCCAGCCGCAGCCUGGGAGCCGGGCACAAGGACUCGGGGCGGCUGGUGAGCUGUGUGCGGCCGGCUGUUGGAUGAGAGGUGGCUCAGUGCCCGAUUCCUCCGGGCUGGGGCAGAGCGAGGGCUUGGAGAGGAGCUGGGCUAGGUCAGGAGACGGACACGCUGCGUGAUCACCGGCUGCGCCGGCGGCAGAGCGAGGGGGAGCCGGGACAGGCCGGCGGAGCCUCGUUACCCCAGCGCAGCUCAUUGCUUUUUUGCACAGGAGCCAGUGGAGGAGUGAGGGGGCGAGUGGGACCAUCCAGGGAGACCCCGAUGGCGUUGGACAGGGGCUGGGGGCUGCAAGGUGGCUGGGCGGGGGAGACCCCCUCCCUGCUCCCACGGGGGGAGUGUCCCAGAUGCCCCCCCCGGAUGGCGUCGCGCCCCAAAACAGCCGCAGCCCACGGCUUUUCACGCUGCUGGGUUUCGAUGGGGCGAGGAGGCGCCCAGCAGUGACAGCCCGGCUUUUAACGCUAAAUUACCAAACUAGAGCAUUUUAACGGGAAGACGCUAAUUGUCCGUGGAGGAAGCCGGGGGUGCUGUUACCAUGGGGGGGGUCGUUUGUUCUGUUUCUUCUGUGGCGGGGUGGGGGUGGGGAGCGUGGGGAGGGCCCACAGCCCCCCCGUGCCGGGGGGCUCCGGCUGAUGUUUUGCCUUACACACUACCCUGUCCGAGUGUUGGUACCGGGCUGGUUUCUCUCUCUUUACUCACGGUACCGGGCUGGGCUGGACAUUAACCGUAGUUACUGUUCUCUUUUGUACAUUGGGAAAAGCUUGUACUGGAGGAGGAAGGGGGUGCUCGUGUGGCUGUACUAAACCCUCCCGUCUGGCUGUUUUGGGGCUUGGGUUGGGGUUUCUGUGGUUUUGGGGUUUUUUGGGUUUGGAUUUUUUUUUUUUUUUCCUUUGGCAAUGGAAACUUUCCCUGUUUAGGCUGGAGCGAGGCAGCACUGGGGGAAAGGGGGGCUUCGGGUGGGUUUCUUCAGAGUCUGAGUUCCCCCUUACCCACCCAGCGCUGCCCUUUGGCUUAAAUAAAGGUCAAAAAUGGUUGUCCCCGAGCGCUGGCUGCCCCCACCCCCCCCACCGGGCGCGAGGGGAUGUUUUAAGAGGGAACAGAGUAAAAACUGAGGAGCUUGGAACUGCAUUUAAAUAAAAGUAACAAAGGUGCACGUC